GGCUGGGCUGCCUGAUCCCAGGCUGCUACAGCCUUGGCUUCGGAUGCCUCUCAGCUGAGGGUUCAGUGGUGCCGGCUGCUCCAGGUACGGCCUGUGCCGGGCGCCACGAGUGCUGCCUGGUGUGCCGAGGGCUGAGGAGCCCGCGCCGGAGAUGAAGCGAACCAAGCAAUGAUGCCAGCAGCAGCUCGGGGACCAGGACCCUGCUCACACCCCCGGGGCCUUCUGCGCCGAGCCCACGCCCCGGGACCUGGGGCCCCUCACCAACCUUUGGGGCUGCCUCCCGGAAGAGUUUAGCAGGCCCAGGUGGGCAGCGGCUGCCUGAACCCACUGCGGAGUUCCCAGCAGCCUGGAGACGGCUCCAUUCCAGGCUUGGGCUGGCCAGGCAGCUGGGUAGCAAGUUCCAACAGGAGCGGCGGGCCCCAGCUGGGGCAGGCGAGCCUGAAGGGUGCUCCUGCUCCCAGCGGGGGACCAGAGGCGGACGAGAUGAAUGAACAGGUGUUUAAGGGGGACCCGGACACCCCUCAUUCCAUCUCCUUCUCGGGUAGCGGGUUCCUGUCCUUCUACCAGGCUGGGGCUGUGGACGCCCUGCGGGACCUGGCCCCCCGGAUGCUGGACACAGCCCAUCGCUUCGCGGGGACAUCGGCAGGGGCCGUGAUCGCCGCCCUGGUCAUCUGCGGGAUUGAAAUGGAUGAGUACCUCCGAGUCCUCAAUGUGGGCGUGGCCGAGGUGAAGAAGUCCUUCCUGGGGCCGCUGUCCCCGUCCUGCAAGAUGGUGCAGAUGAUGAGGCAGUUCCUGUACCGCGUGCUGCCCGAGGACUCCUACAAGGCGGCCACCGGGAGGCUGCACGUGAGCCUCACCCGCUUCACGGACGGAGAGAGCGUGGUCGUCUCGGAGUACACGUCCAAGGAGGAGCUCAUCGAGGCCUUGUACUGCAGCUGCUUUGUCCCCGUGUACUGCGGCUUCAUCCCCCCGACUUACCGCGGUGUGAGGUACAUCGACGGCGGCUUCACCGACAUGCAGCCCUGCUCCUUCUGGACGGACUCCAUCACCAUCUCCACCUUCAGUGGGCAGCAGGACAUCUGUCCCCGCGACUGCCCCGCCAUCUUCAACGACUUCCGCCUGUUCAACUACUCCUUCCAGUUCUCCCUGGAGAACCUCGCCCGGAUGACCCACGCACUCUUCCCACCGGACCUGGUGAUCCUGCACGACUACUACUACCGAGGGUACGACGAUGCGGUUUUAUACCUGAGGCGGCUGAAUGCUGCCUACCUCAGUUCUCCCUCCAAGAGAGUGAUUUUUCCCCGGGUGGAAGUAUACUGCCAGAUCGAACUUGCCCUUGGCAAUGAGUGUCCCGAGCGCAGUCAGCUGGACCUCCAAACACAGCAGGUCCGUCUGGAGGAACCCGUACAUCACACACAGUGGGCUCCCAAAGGAGACGGGAGGGGUGGCCCCGGCCCGGCCGUGUCCCCACCUCUGCAGACUUCCGAAUCCACGUGUGGGUGUCCUGUGGAGUCGCCUGUUUCCCCAACCGUGUCUUCAUUGGAGCAGUCACCUGCAUCCCCACUGGUCUCAUCACUGGCAUGUUCUCCAACUGACUUGCUCCCUGAGCCACCCAUGUCACCUCCAGAUAUGCACCUGAACUCCAGCUCAGCCCCUGGCUUGUCACCGCCCAUCACACCACCAGGGCUGCUACCCGUGUCACCUCAGCGGCAGGUCCACAUGCCUGGAUCACCACUCAGACCCCCUCCCUCCCAGUCAUCCACAUCACCCUGUCUAGCCCCAGGGCCCCCAGCUGUGGGGCCAUCUCAACCACCGCCCCGCGAUUCCUCUCCAGCACCACCUGCACAGCCAUGUGUGGAGGAACUGGGACCAGAGCAGCCCCCAGCUUCCCCUGCCUCUUCUAGUCCCAAAGGCACAGCGCUGCGGGUUCAGCCGAAGGAAACCAUCAGCAAGGCAUCAGCACCGGACCGCCCUGCCGGGGACUCCUGCUGGGUGACCAAGGUAUUCAAGAAGAGCAAACCAAAGACAAGCAGCCCCAGAAGAGGCUUCCCAAGACCUCCCAAAAAGCCAAGCAGCGACAUGCAGUCCGCGCCCUGCCCACUCAACCUCUCCCUCCUCUCCACCUCCAAGAUGGUGUGGAUCUCCUACAGACCCCACCCCAGCCGGACCCAGGAACACAGCUGCCCAGAGGAAGCCGGGAGCCAAGAGCGGAAACCUGAGCUGCCUGCGGCCCGGGCCGAGCCUGCUGCCUGCGCCUGUCUGAUGCCGUCCCUGACCCCGGGCGUCUGAGUGCCAAGGGUGACGCCCACCGCCCGUCCUGAGGUGCAGAGCACCUGUGUGGCCCGGACUCCUUCAGCUGCUUCCACUGCCCUGCUCCGGACGCCCACACGCUGCGCAGCCCCCCAGUGCCGGUCCACGGGCGCUGCCUCUUCGUGGCCCACGUCUCCCCAGGACCCCGGACACGGGAGAGCCCAGGACACCCCCUGCCGUGUCCUGUGCUGUCAAGAGACCAGGUUCUUCCUUCGUCCUCCUCAGCGUGUGCUCAGGGCUCCCCUGGGAACGCGGGGUCCCCGUAGGCGCUGGGGGGCCUGCUGCCUGCGGACAGGUGCCUUCACGCGCGGCCGACGGUCCGAGCCUCCGCGAACACCCCACAGGAGCGUCACCUCCGUUUUUCCAGUCCGUCCAGCAAAACGAACCAGCUCCACUGCUCCCCAGAGAGCCGACAACCUCCCAGCCCCAGCCAGGCCCAGCUGCAUUUGUUUAGCAAAUUCUAGAAGGCAAAGCGCAGAGCGCAUGGGCGGAGGGCAGUGGUGGACUGGACACGGGAGUCGGAGGGGCUGGGCUAGGACUGUGGCAACGCAGCCCCAGGGGGAGCCCAUGCGGAGCCCCAGGGUAUCAGGGCGGAGGGGGGUGCAAACCGUACCUUUGCUACCUUUGCGGGCCCUGAGAAGGAUCGGUGCGGGGCUGGGGUGGGGGAUAGGGGGUGCACGCUCUGCUGUUCUGCUAGUUCUUGUGCCCAGGUCUGGCCAGGGAAGCGUCUGGGCGUUUGCGGGGUGGGGGAAGAGAGGGGUUCAGGAGCGCCCCUCCCUGGGGGCGGGCCCAGAAGUCCAAGCCCAUCCAACCAGGAACUGGGGCUUCCCUUCUGCGCGGGUCCACAAUGCUCACUCCCUGGCUUCGGGGGACUUCCCAACGAUCAUGUCUUUUGACGCAAAGCCCCCCGCUGAGCUCCAGGGCUGCCCACACCAACUGUAAGCGCCGGGCACGGCUUGACCACCCUUCUCUUCGAGGUCAUGAAGAGGAUUGUUCUCGCCGCCGGUGGAGGCUAAGACGGAGGACACUGGACACCUUGUUAAUCUGACGUUCAGAUAAACAGCGAAUAAUCACUUAGCAGAAGCAUGUCCCCCAGCCCGUGCUGCCAUUAUUUGCUGUUUCUCUGAAAUUCAAAUUUCACUGGACUUCCUGUAUUUUUGUUGGGUCCAUCGGACAAUCCCAACUUGUUCUUGCCUAUUUAUCUUUUUGUAUUAUUGUUA